CGCAGUGCGCAGAGACACUCUCAGCAGAGAAGAGGAUCAUCGUCCGUGAUUUGGGGAACGGAAAAAGAUAAAUCUCCCCAAACACUGGCAGGAAUCAUGGAGGGUGUGUUCCUGCCAGCAAACGCAGCCCACUCCGUGCUCAGGCGGCUGCGGAGGGCCAACUUCCUGCUGGAGGAGGUAAAGCAGGGUAAUAUCCAGAGGGAGUGCCGUGAGGAGAUCUGCACCUAUGAGGAAGCCCGCGAAGCUUUUGAGAAUGAAGAGAAAACGAAACGGUUCUGGGAGGAAUAUGUUCGGGAAAGUAAUCCAUCUGGAGGGUUGGAGACGGUGGUUGGGGGAAUCCACUCCCUCUAUUUGAUCGUGCCAUUGCUGCUGAUUUUGCUCAUCAUCGCUGCCAUCGCCACCACUGUGUGGCGCUGUCACUCUCGUAAGCGCUCACAGCGCAGCCCCAGCCUGGGACAUUUGCAUCAGAGUCAUGUCCUGUCGGUGGUUUCCAUGGACCAGUGGGGGAGGGACUACCACCACGGUGACCAAUCUGAACUCAGCAUCCACAGCAGCCCAGUGUAUCCAGGCUCUGAGAUUACAUCAGGGAGAGGAUACGCGGGAGACCCACCACCAUCUUAUGAGGAGGCCGUGGGCCAUACAGAUGUCCAGAUAGAGACAGAACCCCCUCCUCAGUAUGAUGACAUAAUUAACACCAGCUCUUCUAGAACCAGUGGUGGUCAAGUAAAGUAAAUGCGUCUCUUUGCCACCACUCAAGACAACAGUCGUAACCUACACUAAAAAGCAUCUAAUUCUUUCGUAGUGCUACUACUGCAGUGUCACCAGCCUUCCCCAUGUAACACACACACAACAAUACUCUUUAACUGUCGGAUCAGGGGACUAAUGCAAUCUAAGAUUGUGCCAGUUCUGUUGAAAUUUGCACCAAGCUUUCAUUAUGUGGAAAAGUGAUGGCAGGAAGGAGCAAGUGAUAACAGUAAUUCCAAAACCAGUCAACUUGUGGAGCAUUUCCUUAACUUGUGUCAGUUCUGUCACACUAGAGCCGAUCAUUUUAGUCAGCCAAAAUAAAAAAAAUGUUGCAUGUAGUGUGAGAAAAAAUGUUCCUAUUGCCAUAACUGAGAACAUUAUUCUAAGUGUAUUUGGCUGUUGGAUUGAUACUUUCUUGAGGAUUAGUGCUAUUUUUUCCCCCCCAAUUAAGUGGACAAUUUCUAAUAUUUUAUAUAUAUUUUGAAUAUCUUUAACUCUCGCCACUUUAAUGUAAAAAUAAUAUAUUAUGGUUUCCAUUUUGAAGGUUGUGUAUUGCAUUCACUCUCGAGGGUAUCUAAAUGUGCAUUAAGCCAUGCAUAGCCUGCAAGAAACAGAAACAUUCUGAUUUAAAAAAAAUGCUUUGUUUAUAUCUAACCUGAUAUCAGUCAGUUCCAGGUAACCCAAGCUCAACAGUUAAUCAUUAAAUCUGGUUUAAAUCACCAACCUCUGAGGAUUUAUCACCAGAGGGGUAAGGAAUAUAGGAAACAGUUCUUUAGCAGUCAUUGGUUCACGUCAGAUUUUUUGUUGUUAAAGCACUGGGAAGGUGUGAAACAACUGGGUUUUCUGUGUUAAGUUUAACACUAAAUACUUGCACACAUUCUUACAUCAAGGCUCAAUCAGAACUCAACCACAAAGUAGAUGUUAUUGCUAAAAACAAGUCAAAGCUGUAUAGCGACAGAACUCCUCUACAAAUUAACUUUCUAAUAUUUGAAUUGUUGAUAUAGAAAAUGUGUCUAAAUGCAGACUUAAAUACAUCAAUCCAACUCUUAAUACACCUGAGAAUAUUUAGAUUAAGAGGUCAAUUCAGACAAUUGAUGUGAAAAGAUUUGCGUGUGAUGAUUUAUAUUUUGGUAAUGCAUGCAGCUCACUGUGCACGCGAGGUUGGAACCGUCUUGCACUGUUUGUUGACAGUGGGACUUGCUGCUCCACGCCCACUUGUGGGCCACUGACAGUUGCUCAGAGCUUGAUUUAACUGUGAACCCCCCCCCCCCUUUCCAUCCACAGGCAAAUAAUCAUGACUAGAGUUUAACAACGUACCACUUGCACAAAAUCGUGGGCCAGAAAAGAGCAGACAGAAGCUGUAUGAUUCUGCAAUGUCACUAUGGAUAACCUCUGGGUUUAGCAUGUGCGAUGCACCUCUGUAUACUGUAUAUGUGUAUAAAUUGUAUGUGACAUUGAGAUUGUUUUUCCACUGCAUAGAAAUUCCAUGAAUACAUUGAUACUAAUGUAACUGUACUACAGUGGGUUGUAAAGAAACAAAGGCACUUUGUGUUUGAGCUUAAAAUGGGUUGUUUAAAGUAAAGUAGGACAGCGGUUUGUCAUCUAGCAUCAUUCUCAGCAAUAACGAUGUCAACAUAAUUCUCAUUGAAAGGCCUCAUUAGAUAUGCAAUCUUGCUGUAUAAACUAAAAAACAACCAAAAACACCAGCCAUAUCCUCCUUGACACUGACAAAUGUCAUAUUUCCUUUCCACGCCUUGAAGACUUUGAGCACUGAUCAUUUUUGUAUUUGAGAGUGAACUGACCUGUGAACCCCAGCAGUUGAUACGAGUCUGAACCGAGCUGUGCUGGUAGAGAGAAUCACAUCGGUUCAGGUCAGUCGCUGUACUGUUACUUACACAGCCCCGUUUUUACAAUGCCUUAUAGAAUAUAAAAUGUUAUAUAACACUUAAUGCAAAGAAACUUGUUAUAAAACCUUUGACUUGUGCAAAAGCUUGAAUUUAUUUGUAAUAAAACACUUAAAAUGUG